AUGGCGGAAAACAAGAAGAAGUGCAGACAGUAUAGUGUUGAGUACAUUAGGUAUGGCUUUAUUCCCUCACCAACGAACAUCCAGCUCCCGAUGUGCUUGCUUUGCCAGCAGGUUUUCUCUAACGAGGAAAUGAAACCGUCCCGUCUAAAGGAGCACCUAACUAAAAUUCACCCCGAUAAGGCAUCCAAGGAUGCUGCGUAUUUCCAGAACCUCAAGGAGCAACUUUCAAAACAGUCCAUCUCCAAGAUGUUCGCUAGGAAGGUAAACCAGACAGAGAGUGGGUUACUGGCCUCCUAUAACAUCUCUCUCUUGAUAGCGAAUGUGGCUCGGAGAAUAAAGGAGAUGGCGCUGGUUACAGAGCAGCAGUUGUGUGCCACACUGCGUGAAAAUCCAUUCAGUAUCCAGCUGGAUGAAACCACGACAAUAGAUAAUAAUGUUCUGCUGAUGGCGUAUGUGCGUUAUAUGUCUGAGAGAGAUGUGGCCGAGGACGUUUUGUUUGCCAAAUAUCUCUUCACUGACACACGAGGGGAGACGAUCUUCAGGGCUCUGAGUGACUACCUGCUGGAGAACUCUAUUCCGAUCGCCAACAUCCUCGCCUGUGCCACAGAUGGAGCUCCCGCUAUGGUUGGCAGGUACCGUGGCUUCGUAACUUUGUUAAAGGAGCGUGUGCCGCAGGUGUUAACAGUGCACUGCAUGUUGCACCGUCACUAUUUAGUGGCCAAAAAUAUAAGUCCUUCUCUCCACCAGUCUCUGAACAUCGCUGUCAGGGCCAUAAACAAAAUUAAGGCCCAUGCUCUGAACGACAGGCUCUUCAGGCAGCUGUGCGAGGAGAAUGAUGAAGCGUUUCAGCGCUUGCUGCUCCACACCGAGGUACGCUGGCUAUCCAAGGGCAACUGUCUGGCUAGGCUGUGUGAGUUGUUCACAAGUGUCCUGGAGUUUCUUGCCGGUGCCGACGCAGCUCUAAGGGACACGCUGUGGUCCUGUCGCGGUGACAUCUUUUACCUGGCAGAUUUCUUCGGGAAGAUGAAUGAAGUGUCACUCAAGCUCCAGGGAGAUGCCGUGACACUGGUCCAUUCAAAGGCCACCAUCUGCAGUUUCCUCGCCAAGCUGGAGCUGUACAAACAAAAUUUGAGCAGGCGCCAAUUUAAUAAUUUCCCUCAGCUAGCCAAGGUGGUUGAUGAGCUGACCGACAACCACCUGCUGCGUUACACCGAUCACUUGAGAGCAGUGAAGGCGGACAUGGAGAUGCGUUUCAGGGACCUCGACCAAUUAGAUGUCCCUGAGUGGGUGAUGGAGCCAUUUCAAGUGGAUGUGUCCAGGAGUGAGGACGAAAUUCAAGAAACUCUCAUCGACCUCCAAAAUGAUGAGGAGGCCAAGUCAACCUUUCGGACCUGUGGCUGGCGUGUCAUGUGGGCCACGCAUGUCACAAACAUCCUGCUCCGUCAUGCCACAGAUUAUAUCCGCAUGCCUUCCGCCAGGCACGAAGUGAUAGAGGCGCAUCAAAGCUUCCAUGCCAUUGCCGGUAUACCACAAAUAAUAGGGCUUGUCGACGUGACACUUAUCCCCAUAGCCAACCCAUCAGCGCUCAACCAGGCCUUCAUCUGUCGUAAGGGCUUCGCGGCCAUCAAUGUCCAGGUGGUGGUGGACCACAGGGGGGUGUUUGCAGACGUGGUGGCAAAGUGGCCUGGUAGCGCACACGACAGCUUUGUAUGGGCCAAUUCAGUAGUGGGUUAG